AUGAAAUUAAAGAUUGGAAUUUUCUUGUCUCUCACUGUUUUGGCAGCCUGUAUAGUUGGUUUUGCAUUGCCUUGGUAUGAUAUCAGAGUUGACCAUGUAUUUGGUGACGAUCAGAAUAAAGCUACUUUCAAAUGGCAAAACUAUGUCUGUGAAGACACUGGUGAUUCAGAUUCCAAAACAACAAUUAAAUAUACAGAGAAUGGAUCUUGUUUACCAAUUAUUACUCUUAAUAAAUUAAGUGAGGUUGCCAAGAUUAUGAAUACCUGUCUUUCAUUCUUGACAAUUGGUGCCGCUUUGGCAUUGGGUACUGCUUUGUUACAAUUGGUCAUUUUCCUCUCACCAAAGCUUUGCCGUAGCUGCGUUUGGAAAUUACUUUGCAUUGGUUGCUCCAUUGCCUCGAUUGUAACAUUGUUUAUCUCUUUCUUCACCAUCUUUGGUUUGCCAAAGGCUUUCGAUGAUGAUUCCAAUGGUAUCAACAUCUGUCAAGAUCGUUGGUGUGAUAAGAUCUACGGUAGUGAUGACGAUACCAAAUGGAUGCCAGGUGGAGGUUGGUUCGCUACUUUGGUAGCUUGUUUCUUGGCUCUUUGUUCUGGUAUCUUUACUCUUGCCAGUCACAGAUAA